CUGAAAGCUUUUCGGAAGAUACCAGGGAAUUCAUAUUCCCAGUCCGCUCAGCUUUGUCAGUUCUGAAUCUGUUGGAUUGAAAAGGACACCAGUUGCAGCUCCAAUAGCAGCAGAUUGGGGCCCCACCAUCUUCUGGUACAACUGGCUGUUCAGCAGAAUCAGCCAUCUGGAUUUUGGCUCAUGAAUUUCCGUCGACAAUGGCAUCGGCACUCACGCGCUACAAGCUCGUUUUCCACGUGCCUCCCUCGGCGCUAGACGCCUGCAAAAGCGCCAUCUUCGCUGCCGGAGCGGGGCGGUAUCCCGGCCCAGGCAACUACACCGAGUGCUGCUACACCACGACCGGGACCGGCCAGUUCCGGCCCGGCGCCAGCGCCAACCCCCACAUUGGCAAGGUCGGCGAGCUGGAGACGGUCGAGGAGAUGAAGGUUGAGACCCUCUGCGUCGGCGAGGACGUCGCCCGCAAGGCGGUUGCGGCGCUGAAGAAGGCACAUCCGUAUGAGGAACCUGCGUACGAGGUGUACAAGUUGGAGGACUUUUGAGAUUGUGUAAUGGAGCGUCCAGUCAACAAGCCUUGAUUUAGGUCGGCAUGUUGCAUGAGUUCAGUUGGCGCGGUCUCCCUUUUAGUUGCCAAGAUCAGGCACAGGACGAAGCCUACCACACCUACCACUGG